AUGGCAGACCUUCCUUCUCUCCCCCACGACCUCCAACAAGCCGCUCUUAACGGGCCUGCUCUUCCAGCUCCUCAGGGUAUCACUCCAGAUUUCGACAAUCCACCUAAUAAUAAUGGUCUGGCUUAUGGUGUCGUCGCCGCGUGCGUUUCUGUUGCAACCAUAUGUCUCAUCAUUCGUGGCUAUGCGAGGCUGGUUCUCUUUAAACAAAUGAAGCCCGAAGACUUUAUACGACUCCCGAGACUCUUCGGUGGUAUUGACUUCCUUCAGGGAACAUAUCUGUGUUGGACCGUUUUCGCAUUACUGCUAUCUAAAACUCCUGGCUACUUCGUCCAUCAGUGGGACCUUCACCUUAGGGACAUGAUUGAUACCGUAUUUUACAUCCACUACGCUGGCGUUUUUUAUUCAAUCACCCUUCCGCUUCUGAAAAUAGCAAUCUUGACGGAAUGGACUCGAAUGCUUGUUCCUAGAGGCACUCGCAAUACGUUUCUGUAUUUCUGUUACGGUGUAAUAGCUUCGCAAGCUAUGGCUCUGGUUGCCAUAGUAUUUGCCCUCUGCUUCGUCUGCAUUCCAUAUCAAAAAAUAUGGGAUCUUACACUUCCUGGGCAUUGUAUCAACAAACUCCAUGUCGAUAUCGGAGCCGCUACUGUUCAUCUCACCACAGACCUUGUCAUAUUGUGUCUGCCGCAGAAGGUCAUCUGGGGGUUACAGUUAUCGCUUAGGAAGAAGCUAGGUGUCUCCAUAUUCUUUUCUCUUGGUAUCUUAGCUUGUAUCUCGGCUGCUUUUAGAUUGGGUGUAACAGUAACAUACGCAACCGAGACGGAUACCACAUUCACCUUUGGCCCUGUAAUCUUUUGGGCUUUCGCCGAGAUGACUUGUGGGUUUAUAAUCGCAUGCUUGCCGUCCACCCCGAAGAUUCUCAAGGAUCAUGGUGUCCUCCACAAGUUGAAGAGAAUGGCGAAGUCUGUCGUGGGUUUGAAGAACAGCACUCUGAGAAGCACGAAGCCCACUACAGGCACGGGAACCAAUCCACACAGUAGCACGUAUCGGAAGAUCGAUGAAUAUGGUGUGCAGAUGAAUGACCUUAAGAAUUCGGAAUCUACAGAGCAACUUCGAGAUAACGCAAGCAAAUUCGAUCAAGGUAUCGUUCGAACUACCCGCGUGACCAUCAAGCAGGAAUAUGUGGGUGACGCUGGGAAGAACGCAGUGGAUCACAAUGCCGCCUGGCGUAACUAA